CGUCGUCGUUCCACUCUGUCAACCGUCGCCGUAGCUCCAUCUCUGUCCAGCGUACAGUUUCGAGCACGCCAGAACAGGGAGCUGUCUUGCUUGCUCAACUAUUCUCCUCAGAGCAUUGGCCUGUCACACAUCGUCGUCCUUUACCAGAAAUGGCGCCACAAGACGAAAGGCGGCGGCCUGCUGCGCUCAACCUUGCUCCCUCCCGAUCGUCAUCUUCCGGUUCCUCAUCCGGAUCGUCCCUGAAGCAGCCCAGGACACCCAGAUUCGCCGAAGCCACAACCGUCUACUCUCCCGUCGAGCACAAGUCGCUGCCUUUCAGUGAUCGCUCGCAAGCCCAACAACCACAACCUGCAGAUGUAGGCUUCGGUUACAUCGGUGGCAAUAGAGAGUCUGUCGUCAUGCCCAUGACACCAGCUUCACCACUCAAGAGUGCCAUGAGGGUCCCCGGCACUCCUGCACGCAAGUUCGAGAACCCUUUGAGCCCGACCUUCCGUGAAGAGGAGAUUCUGGAGAAACGCGAGAAGGACACCGACAAGGAGCAGGCCAAGGACGUGAGCAUGAAAGCCAAGGUUCGACUUGCCAAGUUUGCCCUGCGUGGCAUCGGCUUCAGUUGCUCACUCAUCAUUCUUGCCAUGGUCGGCUCAUCCUUCGCCAUCUUCCGUGCGACGUCCGGUCUUGCUGCACAGAAUGGUCUUCCGGCAUGGGCCAGCAACACCCAGACUUGGCCGCAGAUUGUCACCCUUGUCGCCGCGUGUAUCUCGCUCCUCGCUUGUAUCCUCAUCUUUGUUGGCUACUGCCGUGGCGGUCACCGCCGGGCUGAGAAGGUCGGCGUCUACUAUACUCUGUUCGCCGUUGGCUGGUUCAUCUUUUCCAUGCUCAUGUGGGCUGGCACCGCAGGAGCCCUCCAGUUCACAAAAUCGAACAGUGGUAACCAGGACAUGUGGGGAUGGGCCUGCGUCGACAACCACCGUGCCGAUCUCUUUGCCGACAAGGUCGACUACGCACUUGUGUGCCGUCUUCAGAACUGGGCUCUGAUUUGCAUCAUCAUCGAAGUCGUCAUCGAUGUCAUCAGCAUCGCUCUGUACAGCAUCGUGUUCUGGAGAUACUACUCAAAGAGGAAGCUGACCAAGUCCAUGGACUUGCGCGACCGUGCCCGGUCCGAUCUCUACCUUGCUCAGCUCCGGACUCAGUCUGCGCCCAACACUCCUGGUUUUGGACCCAAGUCUCCGGCAUUUUCGCAAUACGCAAUGUCGCCGCGCUUCCCACCAACUGCAUUCAAGUCUCUCGGUGACAUCGCCGAGUCGCCCGUGUUCACACCCGCACCGGCAACGGAGCCUCUGUCAGCCUUUGCUAGCCCCAAGAGCAGCAACAGCCAGAAGACAUUUGUCCUGCAAGCCCCUCCCGCCAAGGCGCCGUCAGCGACACCCAAGCUUGGCGGACUACGAACACCAACGACACCAAGCGCACCUUCACAGUCUCAAAGUAUCAAUGAGCACGGUCCGGUAGCUCCAGGAGAGCAGACGUACGAGGCUGUGCCCAUUCCCGGUGCCUACGCCGAUCAGGCUUUUAAGAGCCCGUCGGCGAACCAGACAACCUUUGGUCUGGCGAGGUGAUGGGAUUCGGUAAACCGUUAUUUAGAGACGAAGGCAGAUGAAACAUGUACAGACGAGACGAAAUCUUAUUCUUUUGUUUAACAGAGCUAGUCGCUCCUGGCAGCUUAUCAAGGCGUUCAAAGGCGGCAGGCUUUCCGAGAUUCAGAUACCUUUUGG